AUGAAAAAAGCAACUGAUGGGAUUUAUUGUAUUAAAAUAAUUGUGAUUGUUAGAUGAAAAUGUGUAUAUAGCUAAUUAAGAGGAUAAAUUGAUUGCAAAGAUGAGAAAGAAACAGGUAUGAAAAUUUCUAAUAGAGGAACGAGAAUUGGAGUAAUUAAAAUUAUAUGAAUAAUAAUAAGCAGAAUAAGAAAGAAGAAAAUUUUCUCUUUUAGAAUCAACAAAGUCAAAAUAGUAAUAAGUAGAAUUAGCUCUAAAGGAGAAGAAAUAAAUGGUGAGUCUAUUAAAUUAUUUUUAUCUAGAUAGAAUUAAAGAGAAAAGAAAAGGAAAAAGAAAAAUUACUUUAGGUUUAAAAAAUAGAAAAAGAAAAACUUAAAGAAUUGACAGAAAGGGAAAUAAGUAGAGACUUAAUAUUUUAGUAAUUGCAUAGUAAUAAAAGCAACUAAUAAAGUACAAUUCCUGAUAAGAUUAAGCCAUCAAUUGUGAAAAAGUAAAUGUAUAUUUUACUCAAGAAUAGCUGAAGGAAUAAUAAAUACUUAAUAAGAAGAAAUUCUGAUGAAGAAGAUCUUGUUGGAUAAAUUAUAGAAGGAGUAAGAAGACUCGAUUAAAGAAUUAAAAGACAGGAAGGAAUAAUUAUUGAAAGAAUUGAAGUAGGCAAAAAGAAAACAAUUGAAAAAAGUUAAGCAAAGAAAUGAAGAAGAAAAAAAUGCUUAUUAUCAAGAAAAACUACACAAAAUAGAAAAUUAUUAGAAAAAAUUAGAUGAUAUUGAAAUUACUUAAUAAGCUAAAAUUGAAUUAAUUGAAUAAAAAAAAAAAGAGAAAAUGGAAAAAUUAAAAAGAGUUAUGGUUAAUAUUUAUUUAAGAUUUUAAGGAAAAUUACAAAAAAAUAAUGUCAGAAAAAAAUGAAAAAGCUUAGUAAAAGGUUUCGUUAUUGGAAGAGAAGAUAAAUUUGAUUUCUGAAAGAAUGAAAGAUACAGAAGAAAAAAUUGAAAAAAUUGAAAAAGAAAGGGCUAGACAUAGAUAAAAUGUAAAUAUUUUUAAUAUAUUAUUAGAUAAAAUCAAGAAAUGGAAGUAUUCAAAAUAAUAAAUCAUAAACAUUUUAAGAAAAAAUUCGAUAAAAGGAAGAAGAGCAUCUGAAAUCUAUUACAGAAACUCAAUCAAUAACCAAAAUGAAAUUGUAAUAAGAAAAACAAAAAAAAGAAGAACUUAUUCGUGAUCAUAAAAAAAAAGCUGCAACUAUAUUAAAGGAAAUAAUAGAAGUUAAGAAUAAAAAGUUAAAAGAGAAAUUAGAUAAAGCAUAGUAAUUUAAAGAUGAAAAGGAAAAAUUGUUUAUGCAAUAAUAAAAUUUAGCUAAAGAGAUUGAUCGUAAGAAAUAGAAAUUACUUUUGCACAGUCCUAGAUUUAAAGGAGAAGAUAAAUGA